AUGCCUGGCUCGGCCCCAGGGGCUCCUCCUCCUCUUCCUCCCCGCUGCGGGCACUCCUGUCUCCGCCCGCAGACCCAGACAGCCUGGGCGACUCCUCCGGGAAACUCCGUGGCCGUGGAAGCAGCCGCGGGGGGCACCGCGUUCUCCAAGCCGCCCCGACCCACCUUCAGGUCCUACCUCCUGUCGCCGGCGCCGCCGCCUCAGGAUGAAGUGAAGAGGAAUCCUGAGCUCAAGAUUAAAAAGCUGGAACCAGUGCUUUUGCCAGGAGAAAUAGUUGUACAUGAAGUCAAUUUUGUGAGGAAAUGCAUUGCAACAGACACAAGUCAGUAUGAUCUUUGGGGAAAGCUGAUAUGCAGUAAUUUCAAAAUUUCAUUUAUUACAGAUGAUCCAAUGCCAUUGCAGAAAUUUCAUUAUAUAAACCUUCUCCUUGGUGAACAUGUCGUCCCUUUAACAUGUAUUGAGCAAAUAGUAACAGUAAAUGACAAUAAAAGGAAACGGAAGAUCCUAGGCCCCAACCAGAAACUCAAAUUUAAUCCAACACAAGUAAUUAUUUAUUGCAGAGAUUUCAGAAUUGUUCCAUUUCGCUUUGACGAAGCAGGUCCUGAAGGUGCCAAAAACGCGUGCCUUGCGAUAGCUCGGUAUUCUCAGCCAACCGAUCUCCAGCUACGCUUUGCAUCUGAGUACGUUGGGGAAAAAUACCACAAUCCAGCUAAAAACAUCAAUGGAAUAAACCCAGGAGGUGGAGGAGUAACUGGUGGUAGUAGUAAAAAAACUCCUUUAUUUGUAACUUUCUCUGAUUGGGAUAGAGAAAUCAAGAGGACAGGUGCCUCACAACGUAGAGUUUGUUCAAUUAAUAAGUGCUACAUGAUUUCUACUUGCCUUCCAGAACACUUUGUAGUUCCAUCUUCUUUGGCAGAUCAAGAUCUAAAGCUCUAUUCCCAUUCUUUUAUUGGAAGACGAAUGUUAUUAUGGUGCUGGAAUCACUCUAAUGGUAGUGCUCUUAUAAGAACGGCCCUCAUAAAAGAUGUAUUGCAACAGAAAAAAAUAGAUCAAAGAAUUUGUAAUGCAAUAACUAAAAGUCAUCCACAGAGGAGUGAUGUUUACAAAUCUGAUUUGGAUAAGAAUUUACCCAAUAUUCAAGAAAUACACGCUGCAUUUGUAAAACUUAAGCAACUGUGUGUUAAUGAGCCUUUUGAAGAAACAGAUGAGAAAUGGUUGUCCUCACUGGAAAGUACUGGGUGGUUAGAAUAUGUAAGAGCACUCUUAAAGCAUUCUGCUGAACUUGUAUAUGUGCUGGAAAGUAAACAUCUUUCAGUAAUCCUUCGAGAGGAGGAAGGAAGGGACCUGAGUUGUUUUGUAACUUCUCUUGCUCAAGUGAUGCUGGAUCCUUGUUUUCAAACAAUUGUUGGAUUUCAAAGUCUGAUAGAGAAAGAAUGGGUCAUGGCAAAAUAUCAAUUCCUAGACAGAUGUAACCAUUUAAAGAGGUCUGAGAAAGAGUCUCCCUUAUUCUUGUUAUUUCUGGACUCCAUCUGGCAGCUGUUAGAACAAUAUCCAGCAGCCCUUGAAAUUUCAGAAACUUACUUAACAGUGCUGUAUGACAGUACACGGAUCUCAUUGUUUGGCACUUUUCUUUUCAACUGCCCUCAUCAACGAGUAAAACAAAGCACAGAAUUUGCUAUUAGCAAAAAUAUACAACUGGGUGAUGAAAAGGGCUUAAAAUUUCCGUCUGUUUGGGACUUGUCUCUUCAGUUUACAGCAAGGGAUCGCACCCUUUUUAACAACCCUUUGUACAGUGGAAAGAGUACAAAAUGUGUACAAAAUGGAUCAGUGAAAUCAUUUAAGUGGACAAAGAAAAAUUAUAGCUCUACGUUGAGAGGAAUGCCACCUUCCUUUAAGAAUGGAAUCAUCAGUGACCAAGAUUUGCUUCCAAGGAGAAAUUCACUAAUACUGAAAUUGAAGACAGAUCUUCAGCAAACUGACAGCCAAAGCAUUGAUAUGGAGCAGUAUUUUAGAGACUGGUUUUCAAAACCUGUUGACCUGCAUGGUAUAAUUCUGCCCCACCUCUCUGGAAUACACAUAAAAUUGUGGAAACUCUGCUACUUCCGUUGGGCUCCAGAUGCCCAGAUUAAUAAUGGCAGCUUCAUUACAACAUUUCACAGAGUAUCUCUAUUGGCAGAUGAAAUAGAGCUCAGCAGGAGUCUUCGACACUACAAGAGCAGUCCCAUGCAAGCUAGCUCUUCAGACCUGGAUCAGAGUAGGAUGUACUUUAAAGCAAAUGGUCUAAAUGUUACAUCUGGGACUCUGGAGUUUCUUUCUUCUUCAUUUCCAUUUUUGCCCACAGGGAACCUUUGCAGAAGAAGCAUUUUAGGAACACCAUUAAGCAAAUUUUCAAGUGGUGCCAAAAUAUGGUUGUCUACUGAGACUCUAGCAAAUGAGGACUAAAAUGUAGUAUUUUCU